AUGGCCAGAAUCGGUUACUAUAGUGCUCAAGUCCUUGUUGUCGGUUUGGCAUACGGUUUGAUGACCCUCAUCAAGAAGAAGAAUGACACCACUGUCUUGACAUACAAUGCUCCUACCAAGCCCAUGUCUGGUGCCACUGCUCCCGAGACUAUCACCACCACUGUCAAAGAUUAUGAUAUUGAUCAACUCAAGCAAUUUAUUCAAUCUACCAUGACCUCUGUUCUUAUUAUCUCAGUGAUGCAUUUCCAAUUCAAGUUCACUCAACCUCUCUUGAUGCAAUCUAUUUUACCUAUCAAGAACUUGAUUACUCAUAAGGAAGCCUUGAUUCAUUUAUGGGGUGAUGCUCCCGAAGGUCCUCUUGCUAGACCUUUUGUUGCCGAUAACCCAUUGAGUGGUCUUACCAGCAUGUUUGGUGGUGGUGCUGCUACUGAGGCUACUGCUACCCCUGCUGCCACUGUUGAUAACCACGCUCACAAGGAUUAA